UGAAGUGUUGCUCUACGUUGGGCAUGUCAAGUGCAAGUAUUUCCAAAUUCCAAAGACAAUCGAUUGCUGAGCGCCGAGUGGUAUGAGGCGUCUGUUGGAAUUACUGUUUGUGUAGUGUGUAUAAACCGCUUUAUUGUUAUUAUCCAACCCAUCAAAAGGUUUAGGUGACUAAAAUGUCAUACCAGCUUUAUAGGAAUACAACACUAGGGAAUACGUUGCAAGAAAGUCUGGACGAACUGAUACAGUAUGGACAAAUAUCUCCACAGCUUGCCGUUAAGGUGAUGCUUCAGUUUGACAAAUCAAUCAACAAUGCGUUAGCAACAAGAGUGAAAUCAAGGCUAACUUUCAAGGCUGGGAAAUUAAAUACAUAUCGUUUUUGUGACAAUGUAUGGACGUUUAUGCUGAACGAUGUGGAAUUUCGUGAGGUGCAAGAUCUUGCAAAAGCUGACAAAGUGAAAAUUGUGGCUUGUGAUGGUAAAAAUCACAGUAAUGACUAGCAUCAGAAAUCUCCAGAAGAAUCAUGAUCAUUGUCUACAUUGCUCUGAUUUUGUUUUGUGUAAUUUUUGCUUAAUAAGACUGUUUUAUUAUGGCUCUAAAACUGUGACACUUCCUUUCAUGAAAAACUUUUAAGUGAUAUUAAUUUUGUUUGUAACGAACAUAUAGAGUUCCAAACAAAUACAGUUUGUUGAAGCACAAUCCAGCAUUACCAGUAGAAUGUGUUUCCCACCUGUAACCCAUGUUUGCUUGUAUCUUGAAGUUUGUAAAUGUUGUUUAGUUAUAUGUUGUGUAAUGUUAAAAAAAAUAAACUAAUCUCUGUUACAGUAUUGUA